AUGGCUGCCGCUUCGACCUUCUCUUACGCACAGGCGGCAAAGGGUCAAAAUUCCACUCCCGAAUCUCCGCAGUCUACUUCCCAGGCCACGGACUCGCUCUCCACGAUUCCUGCGUUCGCUAUUACGCCGCUAGAUGACGCCUCCGUGGCAGACUCGAGCAAGCAGGACAGCAUCGCCACCUCUGCCGACAAGCAUGAAGCUGCCAGUACAGUCGGUUCCGAGAGCGAUAUAUCCGAGUCUGUCAUUUCUAGACGCACAGAUAAGCGCGAGCAGGAACUGAGCCGAUUAGAGCGUCCCUGGCGUAGAACCGACAGGGAAGGCCAGCCUUCGACCCAAUCCCAUGACGACGCCGACUCAAAACGCCGAAAGGGCAAGAAGAAAGGUGCCGACAAACCCGCUGAGGAGGAGGAGCCCAAAGUCGAACUGACUGAAGCUCCCGUUCCCUCUGUCAACAUCUGGCAGCAGCGAAGAGAGGCUGCCGCAGCCGCCAAAGUUGUCAAGCCAGAUGAUGCCAAUAGCACCACCGCCUUGGAGGACGUCAAGCCUCCUUUCAAAGUCACCGACUUUGCCGGUGCCGUCAAUGGGCACAAAAGCACCCGCAAGGUCGAUAUUCCGCGCCCAGAGCGUGCUAGCCGCGGCGUCAGGGUGGCCGACAAAGAGGCAAGAGAAGGUAAAGGCGAGCUACCCCCUCCUGUUGAAGAUGCCAUGCUGUGGCCUACUCCCGAGACUGCUGUCCAGGAAGAUAGGGACAGUAAAAAGAAGAAUGAUGCCAAGACUGAACUCAAGGAGUCUCAGGAGGACGCUGGCAAACCUCGCUCUAAGGAAAAGUGGGUUACCUACGACUAUGUUCCCACCGUCAAUUUUGAGACGCAGUUGCCGCAGAUGCGCAACACCAAACCGCGCGGUGGCGCCCGCAAUAUCAACGGCAGCCGCCCCAACGCCACAGGCCAGGCUGGCGACAAAACAGCAUCUGCGACCUCUGCCGCUAAGAUCAACGACAGACGACAGAGCACAGCGAACGUCGCCCCUCGCACCGGUUCACAGCCCCCGGGCAAGAGAGCCUCCGUUGACGUUGCUACUUUACGUGAGCAGCGCAAGGUUUCUGGCAGCGCUGCCAGUGAAAAGGCCAAGGAUGCCACUCCUGCCUCUGCUGAGCAGACGCAAGCACCACGGGAACGUGCUGAUGGCCGUGCCGAUAGAGGCCGCGGUGGAUACAGAGGACGUGGUGGCCACCACACCAACUCGCACUCCCAACACCAGCAUGUCGCUUCUUUUAAUGGCAACGGACCUGCCGGCAGCCGCCCACAGGGCCCUUAUAGCCCACCUCCUCGUGGUGGUCACGGUCAAAUGUUCAUGCCUCCCUCGCAAAGAGGACGUGGUGGUCGCAGUAACGCCGCCAACUUUCACCGCAUGUCGUUACCCAAUGGCCGCCUUCCUCCUGUUCAGACUCAGUUUGCCUCAUAUGAGUACUCGAUGGCUCCUAUCAGCGCCGUGCCCUUCCAGCCUCAGCCCUAUUGGGACAACAUGAUGGUUCCCGUUCUCAAGAACCAAAUCGAGUACUACUUCUCAAUCGAGAACCUGUGCAAGGACAUGUAUCUCCGCCAAAGAAUGGACUCUCAAGGAUUUGUACCAUUGCACUUCAUUGCCGCCUUCAAACGCGUCCGCGAGUUAUCAGCUGACAUCGGCAUGCUUCGCGUCGUUUGCGAGAUGUCCUUGGAUGUUGACCUGGUCGUUGGAGAGGACGAAAUCGAGCGUGUGCGUAGAAGAGACGGCUGGGAAAGCUUCGUUCUGCCUCUCAAGGAUCGUGACGACUUGGCUAGAAAUCACGGCCCCGUGAAGCUUUCCUUCAAAAAUCGUGCCCCUUACACGAUGCCACCUCAAUUCAACGGCAUACAAGUACCUUAUGGCGUUCCCUCUUCACCUGCGUUUAUACCGCAGGAGCAACUGCAGCAGUUUGAUCACCAUGCUAUGAAUGGUGUCAACGGACACAGUCAGAAGGGUUCGCAGCUCUCAGCCGCUGUCCCGGACUUUGCACCAUCAGGGGCUGUUCAGAACCCUGCGGCCAAAGCGAAUGGUACCGUCAACGGCAUCUACGAAAAGCAAAAUAGUGUUCACGCCGGGGCUGAGGCGUAA